UGUUACAGCUUUUAGGCAGAACUAUGUUGGCAGUCCACAUACUUGUGUGUCAGCGGUUUGUCCCUCUCAUAUUUCUACAAGACAAAAGAAGUCAAGACACCACAAGAGCUGCAUUUUCCUUCGAUCAUCAUGCAACAAUCAUGUCAUGGAAAGUGAAUGUCCCUCCAAUAAACUCCAUUCAUUUGAUCAACUUUAAAGUGAAAUCUGUUGAGAUGUUUUUGCAGACAAUACAAACAUGAUCCAGUCCUGUCUGUAAAACAAACUUUGACAAACUGAAGGGUAGUACUGGUCCAGGCCAGUCCUUCCAGGUUUAGAAUCUUAGUCCCAAUGAAGGGAUAUCUUCUGUCACCGUACACCAGCUCCUGAGUGUAUGACUGUGUGUGCCCUGUUUUGUCAAAGCAAACAAAGCCUGGAUGAGGAGCUGCCACAGAGGAUUUCAUUUUUUGCAUGCACAAUAAAGUAGAGAGGGGGGAGUGUGAGUGCAAACCUUCAGGUCCAGGGUAACAUACAAACUGCUCAGAAACAACAGACAGGUCAGAGUAUGCAAAGAGGAAUCUAGGUGUGAGGCAUGGUUGAGGGUCUGCAGGUAUUUGAAAUGUACAAGAAUCAGACACAGAUAAGAUAACAGAAGAUUUCACGGGGUAACAGAGGAGGAGAUCCAGCUGAAUAAAUGGAUGACUGAUUCACCUGAAAGCAGAAGAAACAGAGGUUCUGGAUGUUAGUGUUAUGUAACAGAUGUAUAUUUCACAUUCCUGCUGUGAUUGUCUGUUUGACAUGUGGCUAAACCCGCUCAAGUCUUUGGCCCUGAGGCGUGAAGCCAGGGCUGGACCCUCCUCCCCUCCCUCUCUUUCAGGCAGGAUAAAAGGGGCAGAGUCCAACCUCAGCCUCAUUCUCUCCACUCCAUCCAGAGCAGACAGAAACCUCCACCAUGUCCAGCUACGCACGCUCGAUCAACUACUCGGUUGGAAACCGUCUGGGCUCCCAGAGAGCUCCCAGCAUGUAUGCUGGUGCCGGAGGCUCAGGGGUCCGCAUCUCCAGCGCAAACGUUUCCAGAAACUAUUCUCUUGGUUCCAGUGCUGGGGCCAGCGCUGGCUUCAACCUGGCCGAUGCUGUCGACAUCUCAGACAACAAGAAGAUGGCCAUGCAGAACCUGAACGACCGCCUGGCAUCCUACCUGGAGAAGGUGCGCAAGCUGGAAGAAGCCAAUGCUGAUCUGGAGCUGAAGAUCAGAAGGUUCCUGGAGAGCAAAACUAAACCUCAGGCCCACAACUUCAGUGCAUUCAGCGCCACCAUCAGCGACCUGCAGAACAAGAUCUUAAUAGCCACCAGGAGCAACGGCUCUCUCUACCUGGCUGUUGAUAACGCCAAGCUGGCUGCUGAUGACUUCAAGGUUAAGUAUGAGAACGAGCUGACCAUGCGUCAGUCCGUAGAGGCCGACAUUGCCGGACUGAAGAGAGUCCUGGACGAGCUGACCAUGGGAAGAUCUGACCUGGAGAUGCAGAUCGAGGGCCUGAAGGAGGAGCUGAUCAUCCUCAAGAGAAACCACGAGGAGGACCUGCUUGCCAUGAGGGCUCAGGUGGGAGGUCAGGUGAAUGUGGAGGUUGAUGCUGCUCCUCAGGCAGACCUCAGUGCUGUCAUGGCUGGAAUCAGAGAACACUACGAGGCUGUCGCCACCAAGAGCCGCAGAGACCUGGAGAGCUGGUUCCAGGCCAAGACUGAAGACAUCAAUAGGGAAGUUGCUGUGAGCACAGAGACUCUUCAGUCUUCACGCUCCGAAAUCACAGAAGUCAAACGCACUCUGCAGGGACUGCAGAUCGAGCUCCAGUCUCAGCUCAGCAUGAAAGCAUCUCUUGAAGGAACCCUAGCUGAAACCAACAACCGCUAUGCCACCAUGCUGGCAGGGUACCAGAGGCAGGUGAUGGCUCUGGAGGAACAGCUUGGCCAGCUGAGAGCCAACUUGGAGCGCCAGGGUCAGGAGUACCAGGUGCUGCUGGACAUCAAGACCAGACUGGAGCUGGAGAUUGCUGAGUACAGAAGGCUGCUGGAUGGAGAGCAGACAACACCUCUCACCUCCACCACCACAAAAACAACUAAAAGAGUUGUAAUCAUCACCAGAGAGGUCGUCGACGGGGAAGAGAUCAGCUCUGAAACUACAGUGGCUUAAUGAACCAUCAAACAUACAUCAGCAUGCAACGAGCCGUUCUCAGAAACGAGCCAAUAAAAACAUUCUGAUGAACUGUAA